AAACCAGGACAAAGAAUUCUCAAAAACAAACUCUGAAUCUUAUGAUGUCAUGGAUUUUCAAGAAAAACAGAGACUGUCAGUAUUAAAAGGUCUUGAUUCAAUAGGGUAUGAAAAACGUCCAUUGGAUUCACCACCAGGAAGUCACGGGUUAUCAGUGUUUGACAAACGUCCUUUUGAUUCUGCAGCAGAAAGCCAUGCCUUGUCAGGGCUUACAAAACGUCCAGUCGAUUCUACUGCAGUAGUUGCCGAUCAAACAGUGUCUGAAAAACGCCCAUUUGAUUCAAUAUCAGGAAGCCAUGGUUUAUCAGGAUUUGCUAAACGUCCAAUAAAUUCUGAAGAGCAAGACAGCGACUUAGAAGUAUUUGACAAACGUCCCUUCGAUUCCAUAUCUGGAAGUCAUGGAUUAUCAGGUUUUGCGAAACGUCCUUUUGAUUCAAUAUCUGGAAGUCACAGAUUAUCAGGUUUUGCGAAACGUCCCUUCGAUUCCAUAUCUGGAAGUCAUGGAUUAUCAGGUUUU